GUGUGACCAGGACUUGGGUCACAACUGUUGGAACCCACUCCACCGUUUCCGAAAUGCUCCCUCUCUCUUCUUCUCCAUUUCUGGCAUAUUCCCUCAACUUCCGCUUCAGCAAUUGAACUCAUCGGAAGAACUUCAAAUCUUAGGGUUUCUAAUAAUCAAAUUCUCCUCAUCAUGUUUAUGAUUCAACAUCGAUCAACAAUCCGAGCUACUCCUCCACGUUGAUCGUGGGAUCGCACUUCGAACCGUAAUCAUGUUUGAGGCACACGUUCUACAUUUGCUGCGGAGAUAUUUGGGAGAAUAUGUGCAUGGGCUUUCAACUGAGGCGCUAAGAAUCAGUGUGUGGAAAGGUGAUGUUGUUCUCAAAGAUUUAAAGCUGAAAGCAGAGGCAUUAAACUCAUUAAAACUCCCUGUCACAGUCAAAGCUGGAUUUGUUGGUACCAUAACUUUGAAGGUUCCUUGGAAAAGUCUUGGCAAGGAACCUGUGGUUGUUCUUAUUGACCGUGUAUUUGUUCUUGCUCACCCGGCUGUUGAUGGAAGGUCUCUUAAGGCUGAAGACCGGGAAAAACUUUUCGAAGCCAAACUUCAACAGAUUCAGGAAGCAGAAUCAGCGACCCUGGAGGCACUGUCAAGAUCUAAGCUGGGAAAUCCUUCUUCUGGCAAUUCUUGGCUUGGUUCACUAAUUGCUACUAUAAUUGGGAAUCUUAAGAUAUCUAUUAGCAAUGUUCAUGUAAGAUAUGAAGACUCAAUCAGUAAUCCAGGUCAUCCAUUUGCUUGUGGAAUUACCUUGGCAAAACUUGCCGCUGUUACAAUGGACGAGCAGGGGAAUGAGACUUUUGAUACAAGUGGGGCCCUGGAUAGACUACGGAAGUCACUGCAACUUGAGAGACUUGCAGCUUAUCAUGACUCAAACUCCAUACCUUGGGUACUGAAUAAGAAGUGGGAAGAUUUAAAUCCCAGGGAAUGGAUUGAGAUCUUUGAGGACGGAGUUAAUGAACCUACAAAACAAAAUGAUGUGUCAAAGUGGUCUCACAACCGAAGUUAUGUCAUUUCCCCAGUCAAUGGAGACCUCAAAUAUCAUCGUUUGGGAAACAAAGAAAGGAAUAAUCUGGAGAUACCAUUUGAAAAGGUUUCCCUAGUUGUCAGUGACUUAACUUUGGCAAUUACAGAGGCUCAAUAUCACGAUUGGAUAAGACUUUUGGAGGUGGUUUCAAGAUAUAAGACAUAUGUGGAGAUAUCUCAUUUAAGACCUAUAGUGUCUGUUGCAGAAGGUAGAAAUUUAUGGUGGAAGUAUGCUGCUCAAGCAACCUUGCAGCUGAAGAAAGUUUGCUAUCGUAUGUCAUGGGACCGAAUAAAGUAUCUUUGUCAGCUUCGGCGGCGUUACAUUAAGCUGUAUGCAAGUUCAUUGCAACAGUUACCAAAUCAUGGUAGUUUGGAAAUGAGGGCCAUUGAGAAAGAUCUUGAUCUCAAAGUUAUUCUCUUGUGGAGGUUCCUCGCCCAUGCAAAAGUAGAAUCUGUUAAGUCAAAGGAAGCAGCUGAACAACAGAUGCUUAAGAGAAGUUGGUUUUCAUUUAGAAGGAAUGCACCCACGGAUGCUUCUGUAGUGAAUCCAGUGGAUGAAUCAUCAUCAUCUAUCCAAGAUAGAUUGACCAAUGAACAAUGGCAGGCCAUUAAUAAGUUAUUAAGUUACCAACCAGAUGAGGAGUUAUCUUUACCUUCUGGAAAAGAUAUGCAAAAUGUAACGCGUUUCCUGGUAGAUGUAUCUCUUGGUCAGGCUGCUGCUAGGAUAAUUAACAUUAAUCAGACCGAGGUUCUUUGUGGAAGGUUUGAAGAACUUCAUGUGACCACCAAGUUUAAACCUCGUGGUACUCAUUGUGAUAUGAAGUUACGCUUUUAUGGCUUGUCUGCCCCAGAGGGUUCAAUUGCACAGAGUGUUAGCAGUGAACAGAAGGUGAAUGCUCUAUCAGCUACUUUUGUACGUUCACCUGUUGGUGAAAAUGUAGACUGGAGGCUUUCGGCGAUGAUAUCUCCGUGUCAUGUCACGGUUUUGAUGGACAGUUAUGAUCGUUUUUUAGAGUUUGUGAAGAGGAGUAAUGCAAUCAGCCCUACUAUUGCACUGGAAACUGCAGCUGUUCUACAAAAUAAAAUAGAGAAAGUUACUCGUAGAGCACAAGAGCAGUUUCAAUUGGUAUUAGAAGAGCAAAGCAGAUUCGCACUUGACAUUGACCUUGAUGCUCCAAAAGUUAGAGUUCCCAUAAGAUCAGUUGGCUCUUCCAAAUGUGCCAGCCAUUUUCUUUUGGAUUUUGGCCAUUUCACGUUACAUACUAAGGAGGGACAGCCUGGUGAACAUGCACAUAGUCUAUAUUCUCGUUUUUAUAUUUCUGGAAGGGAUAUAGCAGCUUUUUUUACUGAAUGUGGUUCUGAUGCUCAAAGCUGUGCUUUAGUAUCUCCGAUUCUUUCUGGUCACUCUUCUGAGCCUCCUAUAUCGGAAACUGCUGAGAGUCUCUGUUCUCUAAUUGAUAGGUGUGGAAUCGCUGUUAUUGUUGAUCAGAUUAAGAUGCUUCAUCCAAGUUACCCUUCUACACGCAUAUCUGUUCAAGUUCCUAGUCUUGGAAUUCAUUUUUCACCAGCCAGAUAUAGACAACUUAUGGAAUUGUUAAAUAUAUUCUCUGGUACAUCGCAAAGCAAUAGUUUACGUGACAGUGAUAAUCAAGAAACUGAACUUGCUCUUUGGAACCCACCAGAUCUUGCAACUGAGGCCAGGAUUCUUGUUUGGAGAGGGAUUGGCUUUUCAGUUGCUGCAUGGCAGUCAUGCUUUCUUGUCUUAUCUGGUUUGCAUCUGUAUGUGUUGGAAUCAGAAACAUCCCAGAGUUAUCAACGCUGUUCAAGUAUGGCCGGCAAACAAGUAUAUGAAGUUCCUCCAUCAAGUGUUGGUGGUUCACUGACCUGUAUUGCUGUAUGCAUCAGGGGCAUGGAUACACAUAAGGCCCUGGAGUCAUUUAGUACACUGGUCAUAGAAUUUCAAAACCAGGAGGAGAAAGCUUCUUGGUUGAGAGGACUCAUGCAAGCCACAUAUCAAGCUUCUGUUCCCUCGUCAGUAGAUAUAUUGGGGGAUUCGGCUGAUGUGAAUGCUGAAUAUAAUGAUCCUCAUGCUAAUGCUCUGAAAAUAGCCGACCUUAUUAUUAAUGGAGCAUUAGUGGAAUCAAAAGUAUCAUUCUAUGGAAGGACUGGAGAUGAGGCACAAGAAAGUCUUGAAGAAACUAAAAUUCUUGAGAUCCUUGGUAGUGGAGGAAAGGUGCAUGUCAUCUGCUGCAAAAGUGAUUUCAAUGUUAAAAUGAAACUUCAUUCCUUUAAAAUCUUAGAUGAGCUUCAAGGCUCUCGAACAUCAGGUCCACAUUAUCUGGCUUGUUCAGCCUUAAGGAGUGAUUCUCACAAUUUGGAUGAUCAGGAGAAGGACUUUCCAUCUGUGGUCUUAGAAGAGGAUGAUACUUUUGCAGAUGCAUUGUCGGAUUUUGUUAGUUUGCCUGAUUCAGGCUCAUAUUUUGAAAUGGUUUAUUCUAGUGUGCCAGCUGAUAUUGAAAAUACUGAAACUGAUCAAGAUGCAAGAUUAGCUUAUGAUAUGAAUGCAAUUACAAGAAAAAGUAUUUCUGAUGACACUUUCUUUGAAGCACAAGGCAGUGAUGAUUCUGAUUUUAUCUGUGUCACAUUUUCAACUAGGAAUCCUAAUUCACCAGAUUAUGAUGGCAUGGACACAAAGAUGAACAUACGGAUGUCAAAAUUAGAAUUCUUUUGCAACAGACCUACUCUUGUUGCUUUAAUUGGCUUUGGCUUUGAUAUAAGCUCUGGAAAUAAAGGGGCCAGUGAUGUGAGUAUGGUGAGUUUAGAAGAGGAACCCUUGGAAAAGAAAGACAAGAUGGAAGGAACUGGGAACACUUUUGUUAAGGGGCUCUUGGGAUAUGGAAAAGGCCGUGUUGUGUUCAAUUUGAAUAUGGACGUGGACAGUGUCAUCAUGUUCCUGAACAAGGAAGAUGGUUCUCAGCUUGCAAUGUUUGUGCAGGAGAGUUUUGUUCUGGAUCUCAAGGUUCAUCCUAGUUCUAUUUCAAUUGGAGGCACAUUGGGAAAUUUCCGACUCUGUGAUAUGUCUCUUGGACCGGAUCACUGUUGGGGUUGGCUCUGUGACAUAAGGAAUCAGGGAGCUGAUUCUCUAAUAAAGUUUACUUUCAAUUCUUAUAGUGCUGAAGAUGAUGAUUAUGAGGGAUAUGAUUACAGCUUGUAUGGUCGACUUUCUGCUGUGCGAAUUGUCUUCCUAUAUAGGUUUGUCCAAGAGAUAACUUCCUACUUUAUGGAACUUGCAACCCCACAUACAGAGGAAGCAAUUAAACUGGUGGAUAAAGUUGGAGGCCUUGAGUGGUUUAUUAACAAAUAUGAGAUUGAUGGAGCCAAAGCCAUAAAGUUGGACCUUUCUUUAGAUACUCCAAUAAUCAUCGUACCGAAGAAUUCAAAUAGCAAAGACUUCAUGCAACUUGAUCUGGGCCAGCUAAAGCUAAGGAAUCAGUUCAGUUGGCAUGGAUGUCCAGAUAAUCCUAAAGCUGUCCAUCUUGAUGUCCUUGAUGCAGAAAUUUUAGGAAUCAACAUGGCUGUAGGAAUUGAUGGUUGUGUUGGUAAACCGAUGAUAAGGGAAGGUCGAGGAAUUCAUAUUUUCGUGAGGCGUAGCUUAAGGGACCUUUUCCGGACAGUCCCAAAUUUUGCUUUGGAUGUGAAGGUGGGUUUAAUACAUGUUGUUAUGUCUGAUAAAGAAUAUCAUGUUAUUCGAGAGUGUCUAGUUUUGAAUUUAUCUGAACAACCCAAACUUCCACCAAGUUUCCGGGACAGCAUGUCUAGUUCAAAAGACACUAUCCGGAUGCUAGCUGAUAAGGUCAAUGCUAACGGUCAGAUGUUGCUUUCACGUACUGUUACAAUAAUUGCUGUGGAAGUGGAACAAGCUUUGCUGGAAUUAUGCAAUGGCAAUCAUGAGGAUUCACCUCUUGCUCAUGUUGCGCUGGAUGGCCUUUGGGUGUCAUAUCGAAUGACGUCAUUAUCUGAAGCUGAUCUUUAUGUAACUGUACCCAGCUUCUGUGUUUUGGAUGUCCGGCCUGACACCAAGCCUGAGAUGCGGUUGAUGCUUGGAUCAUGUACAGAUCUUCCAAAGUAUGCUACAGGGGGAAGAUUCCCUUUUCAUGUAAAUAGAGGUAGCUUUAUUAGAAUAGACUACCAGGCAACCCCGAGCUUAGAUAUACCUACUUCAACUAUGCUUCUGAUGGACUGUCAUUGGCGGUUAGCUUCUCAAUCUUUUGUUAUCCGACUUCAGCAGCCCCGUGUUCUUGUUGUCCCAGACUUCCUUCUGGCUGUUGGAGAAUUUUUCCUCCCUUCCUUGGGAACAAUAACUGGAAGGGAGGAGCUCAUGGAUCCAAAGAAUGACCCUAUAACUAAAAACAACAACAUUGUACUCUCAGCUCCUAUCUUCAAACAAGUAGAAGACAUUGUGCAAUUGUCUCCAGACAGGCAGUUGAUUGCAGAUGCUAUAGGAAUAGAUGAGUACACUUAUGAUGGUUGUGGGAAGACUAUUUGUUUGCAAGAAUACAAAGAGCAGAAGGAGCUCAAUUCAUUAAGAUUUCGACCAAGCAUUGUUAUUGGACGUGGAAAAAAGUUGAGAUUUGUAAAUGUGAAGAUUGAGAAUGGUUCUCUCAUGAGGAGGUAUACAUACUUGAGUAAUAACAGCAGCUAUUCUGUCUCCCCUGAAGAUCAUGUUGAAAUUUCAUAUGUUUUAUCAUGUAAUAAUGUUCAAGAGAGUGCCAAUCACAUGGAAGAAUCUUUGUCUGGUUCCUAUACUUCUGCAAAUGAUAAUGACUUGAACAAAAAGCCAAGUUUGACAUUUGAAGCUCAGGUUGUUUCUCCUGAGUUUACAUUCUACGACAGUACUAUGACAUGCCUCCAUGAUACAUUACAUGGAGAAAUGCUUCUUCGUGCAAAAUUGGAUUUUAGCUUCAUGUAUGCUUCCAAAGAAAAUGAUACCUGGGUUCGAGCCCUGGCAAAAGAUCUGACAGUUGAGGCUGGUUCUGGUCUUGUCAUUCUUAAUCCUAUGGAUGUAUCGGGUGGAUAUACUUCUGUUAAGGAUAAAACAAAUUUAUCAUUGAUAUCAACAGAUGUUUACAUCCAUCUUCCACUGAGCGUCAUUUCUCUUUUACUUCACUUACAAGCUCAGGCGACCACAGCAUUGCAGUUUGGAAAUUCUGAUCCCCUGGCUCCUUGUACCAACUUUGACCGCAUUUGGUCAUCUUCAAAAGAAAAUGAGCUCUGCUACAACCUUACAUUUUGGAGACCACGAGCUCCAUCAAAUUAUGUUAUUUUGGGAGAUUGUGUGACAUCAAGGCCAAGCCCUCCUUCACAGGCAGUAAUGGCAGUUAGCAACAGAUAUGGUCGUGUUAGGAAGCCUGUAGGCUUCAGGCUUAUGGGCUUGUUUUCUGGUUCUGGGGGAGCUGAGAAAGGAGAAACGCAAUCUGAUGGUGAUUGCUGUCUUUGGAUGCCAGUAGCACCAUCAGGAUACUUGACAUUGGGAUGUGUAGCCCAUACAGGAAGGAAUCCACCACCUAAUCACAUUGUCCAUUGCAUUCGUGCUGAUCUUGUGACAUCCACAUCAUAUUCAGAAUGUAUCUCCUCUAUUGCUUCUAAACCCAGUUUUGAAUCAGAGUUUAGCAUAUGGCGUUUGGAUAACGCUCUUGGUUCCUUUUAUUCUCAUCCUUCUAAGGGAAGCCCCCCUAGAGAUCAGAGUCAUGAUCUGAAUCAUCUCCUUCUCUGCAACUCCAGUUGGCAUAGUCCAUCCAAAGAAACUACUUCUAGUGUAGCAUCAAGUUCUAACUCUUCAAGUCAUCAGCCAGUGAACCAGAAAACAACUUCUUCUGGAUGGGAUAUACUCCGAUCCAUUUCCAGUGCUAAUUAUUAUAUGUCAACACCAAACUUUGAGAGAAUUUGGUGGGAUAGGGGUAGCGAUAUGCGCCGUCCCUUUUCCAUUUGGCGACCAAUAUCUCGAUCUGGAUAUGGUAUACUAGGGGACUGCAUCACUGAAGGCUUGGAACCUCCUUCUCUGGGUAUAAUAUUUAGAGCAGAUAAUCCUGAAAUCUCAGCAAAACCUAUGCAGUUUACUAAAGUUGCUCAGAUUGUGCGGAAAGGUGUGGAUGAAGCUUUUUUCUGGUACCCAGUAUCUCCUUCUGGUUAUGCUUCUCUGGGGUGCAUAGUCACUCGAUUAGACGAACCACCAAAAGUCGAUUCAUUUUGCUGUCCAAGAAUGGAUCUCAUUCAUCAAGCUAAUAUUCUUGAGGUACCAAUUUCAAGGUCCUCAACUUCGAAAGGAUCUCAGUGCUGGAGCAUUUGGAAAGUUGAAAAUCAGGCAUGCACCUUUCUUGCACGGUCUGAUCUGAAGAAGCCAUCAUGUCGUCUGGCGUUUACACUUGGUGAUGCAGUGAAGCCUAAAGCACGAGAGAACAUUACUGCUGAGAUGAAAAUAAGAUGCAUUUCAGUUACUGUUUUAGACAGCUUAGGUGGAAUGAUGACACCACUUUUUGAUGGUACAAUAACUAAUAUGAAGCUCGCAACUCAUGGACAACUAGAUGCAAUGAAUGUUGUCCUAAUUUCUUCUAUGGCUGCUUCAACAUUCAACAAACAGUUAGAGGCGUGGGAACCUCUUAUAGAACCAUUUGAUGGAAUAUUCAAGUUUGAGACUUAUGACACUAAUCCAAAUCCACCGUCAAGAGUUGGGAAGAGACUACGUAUUGCUGCUACUAGUAUUUUCAACAUAAAUCUUAGUGCAGCAAGUCUCAAUGUGUUUAUAGAGACUAUUCUUUCUUGGAGAAGACACAGGGAACUUGAGAAAAAAGCAAGGAAACUGACUGAGGAAUCUGGAAGCCUCUGUGGACAGGGAGAUGAUUCAACUAUUGCUGCACUAGAUGAAGAUGAUUUUCAAACUAUUACUAUAGAAAACAAACUUGGAUGUGAUAUUUACCUGAAGAAAGUUGAGGAAAGUUUAGAUACCACUGAACUUUUGCAUCACAAUGAUUUCGCUUCUGUGUGGAUUCCACCACCAAGAUAUUCGGACAGGUUAAAUGUUGGAGAUGAAUAUAAGGAAGCACGCCGAUAUGUUUCUGUACAGAUACUCGAAUCAAAGGGUUUAUCAGUCAUUGAUGAUGGAAACAGCCACAAUUUUUUUUGCGCUUUGCGCCUGAUUGUUGAUGCUCAAGAAGCAAAUCAACAAAAGGUUUUUCCUCAGAGUGCAAGGACAAAAUGUGUAAAACCAUUGAUUUCAAAAGCCAGCCAUCUUGAAGAAGGCACUGCAAAGUGGAAUGAACUCUUUAUAUUUGAAGUUCCUCGACAGGGUCCUGCUAAGUUACAAGUGGAAGUGACAAAUCUUGCCGCAAAUGCUGGAAAAGGUGAAGUUGUAGGUGCAACCUCUAUUUCCGUUGGUCAUGGUGCAAGCACUUUGAAGAAGGUUGCUUCAGUGAGAAUGAUAUCUCAAGUACCUGAUGGCCAACACAUCACAUCUCAUCCACUUAAGAGGAAGGUUCAAGACUCCGACAAUAUGGAAUCCUCUGGUUGUCUUCUUGUUUCUAUAUCUUAUUUUGAGAGGAAACAGAUUGCAAACCUUCAAAGUGAUGAUAAGACAAGAAAAGAUGUUGAUAGAGAUGUGGGUUUUUGUGUGAGACUUGAUCCAGAUGGAGAAUGGGAGACUUUUCCAUCUUUCUACCCUCUGUCAGUUAUUACUAGAAAACUGACAUAUGACUUCAUAGCAAUGGAAGUGGUGAUGAGAGAUGGAAAGAAGCAUGUAAUUUUCAGAAGCCUUGCCACAGUUGUAAAUGAUUCAGACAUAAAACUAGAUAUUUUGGUCUGUCCUGUUACUAUGAUUCAAAGUGAUGAUGUAUUCCCAGCCACAGAGAAAAUUCUUGUACAGGAAGGCCUAGACACAAACACUGUCAGUUCCAUUAAUCCCAAUUCAUCUGCUGCAUUACCCUGGAGAUUUUUGGCCAAGGAUUUAGAUUAUUGUGUACAAGUCCGUCCAAGUGUUGACCAUAAGCAGCCCCCUAAUUCAUGGGGCUGUGCCGCUGCUGUAGGUUCGGGUUACGCUUAUGGAAGAGAUCAACCUACAAUUGAUCAAGGUCAACUUUCAAGGCAGAAUACCCUAAAACAAGGAAACAAGUUGCCUGCCUCUCCAUUGAAAUUAAGUCAACUUGAGAAGAAGGAUGUGCUUCUGUACUGUUCCAGUACUGGAAAUAAGCAGCUCUGGCUUAGCAUAUGUACAGAUGCAUCAAUACUUUACGCGGAGCUGAAUACACCAAUCUAUGAUUGGAAAAUAACUGUCGACUCUCCACUCAAGCUGGAGAACCGACUUCCUUGUGCAGCAAGGUUCACUAUUUGGGAGAAAAUGAAAGAAGGCAAUACUGUUGAGCGACAACAUGGACUUAUCCUGCCUCGAAAAAGUGCACAUAUAUAUUCUGCUGACAUCCGUAAACCUAUUUAUCUUUCAUUUUUCGUUCAGGGUGGUUGGGCUUUGGAAAAGGAUCCUGUGCCUGUGUUAGAUCUUCUGUCAAACAAUCAUGCUUCAUCCUUUUGGAUGGUUCAGCAGCAACGAAGAAGGAGACUGCGUGUAAGCAUUGAACGGGACAUGGGAGGAUCCACUUGUGCUCCCAAAACUAUUAGAUUCUUUGUUCCAUAUUGGAUUAGUAAUGAUUCCUCUCUGUCGUUAGCAUAUAGGAUUGUUGAAAUUGACCGUUUAGAGAGUGCCGAUGGGGACUCCUUGCUGAUCUCUAGAGUUAAAUCUGCAAAGUCCUUAAGAAGUCCAUCAGACAAAAAGCUUCUAGGCCUGAGUAAAGAUGAUGCUCAAGUAUUAGAUGCAAUAGAGGACACUACUCCAACACCUAGUAUGCUUUCACCGCAGGAUUAUGUUGGACGUGGAGGCGUCAUGUUGUUUUCACCUCGGAAUGAUACUUACCUGUCGCCACGCCUCGGGAUUGCAAUUGCUCUCCGAAAUUCUGAAAGCUAUAGUCAUGGGAUAUCUCUUCUUGAACUUGAGAAAAAGCAACGAGUUGAUACCAAGGCUUUUGGUUCAGAUGGUUCCUACUAUAAGCUUUCAGCAACACUGCAAAUGACUUCGGAUAGAACAAAGGUUAUUCAUUUUCAACCACACACCUUAUUCGUCAACAGGACCGGAUCUCGUCUAUCUCUUCGUCAGUGUGAUACCAUAUCAAUUGAUUGGAUUGAUCCAAUGGAUCCACCAAAGCCCUUGCAGUGGCAAUCUUUCUCCAAAGUUGAAACUCUGAAGUUGCGAAUGGAUGGAUAUGACUGGAGCACGCCAUUUAAUAUUGACCUAGAAGGUAUGAUGUGUGUUUCCCUGAAGAAUGAGAUCACCGGUGAGCUGAUGCAGGUGAGGAUAGAAGUAAGAGCUGGAUCUAAGAGCUCACGCUAUGAAGUGAUUUUCCGUCCGAAUUCAAUGUCGAGUCCAUACAGGGUUGAAAAUCGUUCGAUAUAUUUGCCCAUUCAUUACCGUCAAGUCGAUGGUUUGAGUGAUUCAUGGAGAAGACUUCCACCAAACGCAGCUGCUUCAUUUCUAUGGGAAGACCUUGGUAGACCAAAGUUGCUAGAACUGUUGGUAGAUGGUUAUGAUCCACAAAAAUCAGAGAAGUAUAACAUUGAUGAAAUAGCUGAUCAUCAAAUGACCUGCGUCUCAAACGGAUCUUCUAGAGCUCUGUGGGUUACCAUUCUCAAACAAGAGAAAACAAACAUUAUCAGGAUUAGUGAUAUGAUCCCAGAAAAUGAAACAGACCCAAAUGUUUCUUCACCUUUAUUGCAAUUAGCUGGAAAUGACUUUCCACACGAACAAUCAAACACAUCAACUUGUGAAUUCCACGUAGUUGUUGAGCUUGCGGAACUUGGAUUAUCUAUCGUCGAUCAUACUCCUGAAGAGAUUUUGUACUUGUCCAUGCAGAACCUUCUGCUGUCAUAUUCUACUGGAUUAGAUUCAGGAAUUACCAGGUUCAAGCUGCGAAUGCGUGGACUUCAAGUUGAUAAUCAAUUGCCAUUAACACCAAUGGCUGUCCUCUUCAGGCCUCAGAGAGUUGCAGAAGAAACUGAUCAUAUCAUGAAAUUUUCCAUGACAGAGCAAUCAAAUGGUUCGCUGGACUUGUGUGUUUACCCUUAUAUUGGCUUCCAAGGACCUGAAAAUUCAGCAUUUCUGAUAAAUGUUCAUGAGCCAAUCAUUUGGCGUCUUCAUGGAAUAUUUCAACAUGUAAACCUCAGUAGGUUGUCUGAUACUCAGACUCAUGCUGUUUCAAUGGAUCCAAUCAUUCAGAUCAGGGUCCUUAACAUCUCUGAAGUGCGAUUCAAAGUUUCAAUGGCCAUGUCACCAUCUCAAAGACCGGUUGGUGUGCUAGGAUUUUGGUCGUCCUUGAUGACUGCACUGGGUAAUACGGAGAAUAUGCCAGUUAGGAUAAACCAAAGAUUUCAGGAACAUGUGUGCUUGAGGCAAAGUAUCCUGGUUGACAAUGCAAUUGCAAAUAUUAAGAAGGAUCUUCUCAGCCAACCCCUUCAGUUGCUUUCUGGCGUUGACAUAUUGGGGAAUGCAAGCAGUGCCCUUGGUCACAUGAGUAAAGGUGUUGCAGCUCUAUCCAUGGAUAAGAAAUUCAUUCAAAGUCGACAAAGACAGGAAAAUAAAGGUGUUGAGGAUAUCGGUGAUGUUAUUAGAGAGGGCGGAGGUGCAUUUGCAAAAGGAUUAUUCAGAGGUGUGACAGGUAUUUUGACGAAACCGCUCGAAGGUGCGAAAGCUUCUGGGGUUGAGGGUUUCGUUCAGGGAGUUGGAAAAGGAAUAAUAGGGGCAGCUGCUCAACCAGUGAGUGGUGUUCUAGAUCUUUUAUCCAAAACCACUGAAGGUGCAAAUGCUAUGAGAAUGAAGAUUGCAUCUGCUAUUGCAUCAGAAGAUCAACUCCUCCGUAGGAGGCUGCCUCGAGUUAUUAGCGGUGAUAACUUGCUUCGACCUUAUGAUGAGUACAAAGCGCAAGGACAGGCAAUAUUGCAAUUGGCUGAAUCAGGAUCAUUUUUCAGCCAGGUUGAUCUUUUCAAGGUGCGUGCAAAGUUUGCCUUGACAGAUGCUUAUGAAGACCAUUUCCUACUCCCCAAAGGAAAAAUCCUUAUUGUGACUCACAGAAGGGUGCUACUGUUGCAGCAAACAUCCAAUAUUAUCGGUCAGAGGAAGUUGAACCCUGCCCGAGAUCCUUGUUUAGUAAUGUGGGAUGUUCUGUGGAAUGACCUGGGAACAAUGGAGUUAACGCAUGGAAAGAAAGACCGCCCGAAUACCCCGCCUACGCGACUUAUUAUCUAUUUACGGAAUAGGUCGGCUGAGACUAAGGAUCAAUCUCGUGUCAUAAAAUGCUCCCAUGAGGAAAGAGAUCAAGCUUUUGAGGCCUAUUGUUCAAUUGAUCAAGCAUUGAACACUUAUGGCCCAAAUCAAUCAAAGGUAAAGCAAAGGAGGAAAGUAACAAAGCCAUAUUCACCUAUCAUAGAGACGAGCGGUUUGGAGGGAAAAGAAGGGUUCUCCAUGUGGUCUCCACAGCAGAUGCCUGACUCGGUUUCUCCGAGUUCAUCCAUUUAGCAGUAAUAUAACAGACCGACUCCAGAGUGGUUUUGGGUAAAACAAAAAAAAUCCAAAUUUAUUUUAAUUGCUUUCGGUUUUAGAAUCCCCUUCCAAGAGCUGAUUCAGAAUUUUGCAAGUGCCAUAUUGGUCUGAAGGUGGUUUAUUAUGUCUUUGACCUAUUUUUGCAAUAUUCGAGAAUGCACAAGCAAUGGAUAUAGAUAUCAUCAAUACAUCUUAAUCAAGAUUGCACUGGAUGGAAAGCUUCUAUUAACAUCUGGAGCUUUCUUCAGGUGCCAUUGAAUAGAAGAAACAUGGCGUGGUGAAUUGUCAACCAAACAAGGAAAAUAUUGUUUGUAUAUGUUUUAAUGUGAAUAAUAAUAAUAGUACAUAUUUGGUUCGUUUUUUACAUAGAGAAUGACCCAAAAGAGUCACUUUACCUAUUUUGACUCCUUUCCAAAAUGCAUAGCUUUUAUACAUCAUAAUAGCUUUUCAAAAAAAUCUUUACAAUGUGCAAAUUGUUGUGUGUGUUCAUCAUCAAAUGUUAUUUUACCUUUAAAAGUGUGGAAUUCAUCCAUAUAUAUAAUAUUUUUACAUUCUUAAU